AUGUUUGGACGCCGCCACAACCACCAUGAUCAGCAACAGCCAGCUCCAGCUCCUCAAAGUGGUGCUCCCAAUCCUCCAGUCUCUGUACAAGGGGAGACUGUGAGGAUCUACUGUGAAGCCAAUCCUGAUUACCAUCUGGCCAACUUUAAUGGUCAUGUUGUCAUGACAGCUGCUAAUGAGUCUGACCCCAAUCAGCAAUGGAUUAUGGACACUUCAUGGAGUGUGAGGGCCAAGGAUGAAGCAGGAUAUCCUGCAUUUGCCUUGGUAAACAGGGCUACAGGCCAGGCUCUAAGGCAUGGACGUUCAGAGAGUGAAAGGGUUACCUUGGGCCCAUAUCACCUCGAUGAUUUGAAUGAGGCUGUUCUGUUUACCCAGGGUGCUGAUGUGGGCAGGGGGUAUCAGUGCAUCAGGCCUGUGAACAACAUUCUCAUAAAUCUGGAAGCCAUGUUUGAAGAUGAUAAACAUCAUCGUGGAAUUCACGAAGGGGCAGCGAUUGCUCUGUUCAAAUGGAACAAGAAGGAGAAUCAGAAAUGGAAGAUCAGUCCCAUCUUGAGCUCAUCUCAUGGAGGGUCUGGGCAUCGUUCUGAGGAGGAACCUUGGGGUCCUACGGUUAGGAUUUAUUGCGAAGCCAAUCCAGACUUUUUCAUGGCUGCCCAGGGCCAACUUCCUGUGCUUGCUCUAGGAACCGCUUAUGAUCCUCAUCAGCAAUGGAUCAAAGUGGAUUCGUGGGGUCUUAGGGUGAAGGAUGAUGUUGGAUUCCCUGCCUUUGCAUUGGUGAAUAAGGCUACAAAGCAGGCUCUAAAACAUGGAAAUAAAGAAUGGGACCAGAUAUACUUGGCAGAUUACAACCCCAACAAGUUGGAUGAAUCAGUUCUCUGGACCCAAAGUGAAGAUGUUGGGCAUGGGUACCAGACCCUCAGGCCUGCAAAUAACAUACAACUCAAUAUGGAUGCCAAAGGAGCUAAUGGUGAAACUGGUGGAAUCCAUCAUGGAAAUGAGCUCAUUCUCUUCAGCUGGAAGAAGCAAAGCAAUCAGAAAUGGAAGCUGCAGCCUCUUUAGACGGGGAUGAUUUUGGUUUGGCAAAUCUAAAAUAAAAGAGAAACUGCAGCAGUUUAGAACUGCAUUUUGUGGUAUAGUCUAAUUAGCUUUGGAAGAAUAUAUUUUGCAUGUAGUUUUUUUUUGACAUAGGAUGUAAUGUGUGAGAUC